AUGGUCUCUAGCCUGCUUCCAAACCCUGCCUCGGCUGGGUGUUGGGUGGCACUUCUGCGUGAUCACAUGACUCUUGAUAUGGACGCAGUCCUGUCAGACUUUGUUCGGUCCACAGGGGCAGAACCUGGUCUGGCCAGAGACCUGCUGGAAGGCAAAAACUGGGACCUGACAGCUGCUCUAAGUGACUAUGAACAGCUCCGACAGGUGCACACAGCCAACCUGCCACAUGUGUUCAAUGAAGGGAGGUGCCCCAAGCAGCCAGAGCGAGAGCUGCCCCAGCCCGGGCACAAGGUGGAGCGGCCCUGCCUGCAGAGGCAGGACGACAUUGCUCAAGAAAAGCGACUUUCCCGGGGGAUCUCCCAUGCCAGCUCAGCCAUCGUCUCCCUGGCCCGGUCUCAUGUGGCGAACGAGUGCAACAACGAGCAGUUUCCCCUGGAGAUGCCAAUCUACACUUUCCAGUUGCCAGACCUGAGCGUGUACAGUGAGGACUUCAGGAGCUUCAUUGAACGGGACUUGAUCGAGCAGGCAACGAUGGUAGCUUUGGAGCAGGCAGGUCGCCUGAACUGGUGGUCCACUGUGUGCACAAGCUGUAAACGGCUUCUUCCUCUGGCCACGACAGGGGACGGGAACUGCCUUUUACAUGCCGCCUCGCUGGGAAUGUGGGGCUUUCAUGACCGGGACCUGGUUUUGCGGAAAGCUCUCUACACCAUGAUGAGGACAGGGGCUGAAAGGGAAGCCCUGAAGCGGAGGUGGAGGUGGCAGCAGACGCAGCAGAAUAAGGAGUCCGGGCUGGUGUACACGGAGGAAGAGUGGGAGCGCGAGUGGACGGAGCUGCUGAAGCUGGCCUCCAGCGAGCCGCGCACACACCUCAGCAAGAACGGCGGCACCGGCGGCGGCGUGGACAACUCUGAGGACCCGGUGUACGAGAGCCUGGAAGAGUUCCAUGUUUUUGUCUUAGCCCAUAUAUUAAGAAGACCGAUCGUUGUAGUGGCAGAUACGAUGUUAAGAGACUCAGGUGGAGAAGCAUUCGCGCCCAUCCCGUUUGGAGGGAUUUACCUGCCCUUGGAGGUCCCUCCCAAUAGAUGCCACUGCUCACCUCUGGUCCUAGCCUACGAUCAAGCGCACUUCUCUGCCCUCGUGUCCAUGGAGCAGAGAGACCAGCAACGAGAACAAGCCGUGAUCCCCUUGACAGACUCCGAGCACAAGCUGCUGCCUCUGCACUUUGCAGUGGACCCAGGGAAGGACUGGGAGUGGGGGAAAGACGACAACGAUAACGCACGGCUGGCCCACUUCAUCCUGUCACUAGAAGCCAAGUUGAACCUUCUGCACAACUACAUGAAUGUGACAUGGAUCCGGAUCCCCUCAGAGACACGGGCGCCCCUGGCACAGCCAGAGUCACCGACGGCCUCAGUGGAGGAAGACGUGCAGUCCCUGACCGACUCGCUGGACUCGGACCAUGACUCGGUGUGCAGCAAUUCAAACAGCAAUAACGGCAAGAAUGGCAAGCACAAGGAGAAGCAGCGCAAGGAGAAGGACAAGACGCGCGCGGACUCCGUGGUCAACAAGCUGGGCAGCUUCAGCAAGACGCUGGGCAUCAAGCUGAAGAAAAACAUGGGUGGCCUCGGUGGCCUGGUACACGGCAAGAUGGGCCGCGCCAACUCCACCAACGGCAAGAACGGUGACACAGCAGAACGCGGCAAGGAGAAGAAGGCCAAAUCGCGCAAAGGCAGCAAGGAGGAGUCGGGUGCGUCGGCGAGCACGUCGCCGUCGGAGAAGACCACGCCGUCUCCCACGGACAAGGCGGCGGGAGCGUCUCCGGCCGAGAAGGGCGGCGGGCCGCGGGGCGACUCCUGGAAGUACAGCACGGACGUAAAGCUGAGCCUCAACAUCCUGCGCGCCGCCAUGCAGGGAGAGCGCAAGUUCAUCUUCGCCGGCCUGCUACUCACCAGCCACCGGCACCAGUUCCACGAGGAGAUGAUCGGCUACUACCUGACCAGCGCGCAGGAGCGCUUCAGCGCCGAGCAGGAGCAGAGGCGCCGCGACGCCGCCGCCGCCGCCGCCGCCGCCACGGCCAAGCGGCCGCCGCGCAGGCCGGAGGCCGAGGGCGCGCCGGGCCCCGAGCGCGCCUCGCCUGGCCCGCCGACAGGGCCGCCCACGCAGCUGGUGCUCAAGUUCAAGGAGCGACCGAGCCCGGGGCCCGCGGGGGGCGCGCGAGCGGCGCGGGCGGCGGCGGCGGGGGGCGGCGCGGCCUCCCCGGGCCCGGGCGGCGGCGGGCGGCGCGCGGGCGCCAACGGACCAGCCCCCGGCCGCAGCCCGCCGGCACCGGGGCGCCAGAGCGUCAUCCACGUGCAGGCGGCGGGCGCGCGGGACGAGGCGUGCGCGCCGGCCGUGGGCGCGCUGAGGCCGUGCGCCACGUACCCGCAGCAGAACCGCUCGCUGUCGUCGCAGAGCUACAGCCCGGCGCGCGCCGCCGUCCUGCGCACGGUCAACACGGUGGAGUCGCUGGCGCGCGCCCUGCCCGGCGCGCCGGGGCCCGCGGGCGCGGCCGAGCCCAAGUCGCAGACCUACACCAACGGCUUCGGCGCCGCGCGCGACGGCCUGGAGUUCGCCGACGCCGACGCGCCGGCCGCGCGCUCGAACGGUGAGGGCGGCCGCGGCGGCCCGGGCCCCGCUCAGCGGCGCUGCCAGCGCGAGAACUGCGCCUUCUACGGGCGCCCCGAGACCGAGCACUACUGCUCCUACUGCUACCGCGAGGAGCUGCGGCGGCGGCGCGAGGCGCGCGGGGCGCGGCCCUGA